CAACACCGAAGCCACAUUCUUCAGUUCCCAAAGAAACCCCAGAUCUACCAGACCAGACUUCUGUAUCAGAAAACGAGUGUCGCGGAGUUUCUAACAGGAAACGUAAACAUGAUGUAACCAAAGGUACCGAUUCCCAGCCCGAACAACGGAAAAGAAUUAUACCUAGAGUGGCAGAUUUACCACCGUACUGUCGCAGAAUAUACGACGAAUAUAAAAAAUCUAAGAAGCAGUUGGACUUCAUGAAAAGAGCCAGGAGGGCUGUGAAAUUUUCAAAAACACAAUGUUUUGAAAAAUUAGCUGCCAAUUUAAAUCCUUUGUCAAAAAAAAUGAUAUGGAUGCAAAUAACGCAAAGUAAUAAGAAACGAAAAGGCAGGCGUUUUACAGACGAAGAAAAAAUGAUUUCGCUGGCAAUCAUGAAACAAAGUCCAAAAGCUUAUAGAUUUCUGCAACAAAUAUUUAUUUUGCCCUCAAGAAAUACCUUGAACAAACUGACAUCAACUCUGAAUGUGCAGCCGGGGAUCAAUGUACAAAUUUUUGAUGCAAUUAAGGAUCAGGUAAAAAACUGGACCGAAAACAAAAAAUACUGUUCCAUUAUUUUUGACGAAGUUAAACUUGAACCUGGAUUGGACUAUCAAAAAGGAAUGGACCACAUCAAUGGAUUUGUCCACCUCAAUAAAAAAACGAACAAUUUCGCAGAUCAUGCUUUAGCCUUUAUGGUGAGAGGUGCCAUACAUAAGUGGCAACAGCCUGUAGCCUACUAUUUUUGUGAAGGAGCGACCAAAAAUGAAGAGUUACGGGUGAUAUUGAAAACGUUGAUAAGUGCCGUGAUAGACACGGGCCUGAUACCCGUUGCAGUUAUCUGCGAUCAGGGCCAAUCAUUCCAAUCAGCCUUGAAGGGCCUUAUGGAAGAAACACGUAGCGACCAGAUUAAAGCUGGAAAUCCGACUGAUGAUGUCAUAACACUCAAAGGGCACGAUAUAAAUGUUAUUUAUGAUCCACCUCACCUAAUAAAGGGAAUUAGAAAUAACUUCUUAACAAAAAAUAUGAAAUUUGAAGGAAGCGUGUGCAAGUGGAGCGACAUCGUCGACGUAUACCAGACGGACUGUGAGCACACCGAGACCCGGCUGCUACAUAAACUUAAUGACACACAUGUCAUUCCCGAAAAAAAUAAUAAAAUGAAGGUCAAAACUUGUACACGAGUCCUGAGCAAUACCAUGGCGGCCGCCUUAUCGUAUACAUCUAGAUUUUCCCACUACUCGGACGGCAGGAAAGUGAGUGACACGAUAAAAAAUACGUCAAAGGCAGUGUCAUUUUUUGACGAAUUAUUCGAUUCCUGCAACGGGGCCACACUUAAUAACAAAGAAGCAGGUGGGAAACCUUUGAAGAAGGCGGUGACAGAUGGGUCUCAACACCAUGAAUUUUGGCGUGAGGCUAUUAAAAAAUUAGAGACGAUAAGGUUUAUUGAUGAACGACGAGGUGAAGUAUCUGUGCCUUCAGUGAAAAACUGGAUUAUAACUUUAAAAAGUUAUAUAAGGCUGUGGCAGUUUUUCAAAAACAAAAAUAUUAAAAUAAUGCGGCCGAGGUAUUUCAACUCGGACCCCAUUGAAAUUUUUUUCGGUCAGGUACGAGCGUACAAUUACCGCAACAAUGAUCCCACUUGCCACAGCUUUAUAAACACGUUCAAAUCAUUGUUGAUUACAAGAUUUAUUAAAUUUCACUCGGCGGGUUUUAACUGUGAAGAGGAUUCUGGUUCUCAAUUAUUAAAUAUCAAAAAAAUGUUCGAGCCUAAAGAAUAUAAGGAAGCAGUGUGCAGUAAUCCUCUUGAAAACACAACCAUUGAAUGCGAUUUAGAAGGCGUGCAAACACAAGUUCACCGUGAGCGCUUGAAUGUGCACUCACGGGCAUACACUGCGGGAUGGGCAGUCAGAAAAAUAUCGCAAAAAAUUAAAUGCAAAAACUGUGUCACUGAUCUAACCGCACCUCAAGAAGGAUCUUGUCACGGUUGGAUCGGUCGUACCCGUCAGAGUAUGUCGUGAGGAUGUUUGGAGACAUUGUAAAGGAAACAAAUGAAUACCUGGAGAAGAAGCCCCACAUACAUAAUAUUUCAGAAAAAAUUAAGCGGCAUAUCCUCUCCAAGUAUUCAUUUGAUUUUCUAAAAUGCGCGACUCACAAAACAGUUGUGCUUGAUAUGCUAGUAACCGUCAGUGUGAAAUUUGCUAUCUUCAACUGGUGCAACGUAAUCAAUAAAAUAUUAAAAGGCACAGAUAUUUGUCGAUUACAAAAAUCUU